CCACUACUCCCCCCGCUGCAUGCUAUUCAAACCAAUGUGGACCUUCAUAUCGACGAUGCUAUAUCCUGAUGCCUCCUCAGAACAACCUCAAUGAACAUCUCAAGUGGUUGUUGACUGAGAAGCCAUUCAUUCCACCGGCCACAUCACUCGUUGCCUACGAUCCAAACGCCCCACCCAGCUCAGCAACGCUUUCACACAGCGAUUCUUCUAAUUCAGAGUCUGUCACAAACAAUGCACCCGAACCAGAAGCGAGGAGACCAAUCGUCCAGCCAGUCGCGCCCACCUCGAGAGAGGAAUCUCGGCAGGAUAUUACCGAGAGACAAUUGCCAGCGACAAACGCAGCGGAUAUGGCUCGGUUACGCUCUACACCAGGGACUGGAAACCCUAGGUUCCCCUUAGCAUGCGCACCAUCUUACGGUGAUACUCCAACGGGUUCGAACAACAGAUCUCGGAGGGAUGGCCGGGAUAGGAUGGAUGAACGUGCGCCACACCAAAAGCCCGAUCCUUAUGAUACUCCCACGUCCCGGCCAGCUGCUUCGCGGAAACAGCGCGCCCAGAUGAACGAGGUUGAUGCUAUUGAUUUGACUGGAGACUCUCAAGAUGUACAACUUCCCAGGCCUUGGUGCGCUGAUAAGGGUAAAAAGCGGAAAAGUGAUGAAUUCGAGGACAAUCUUCGACCGCUCAAAUCGCCGAGGCCAGUUAGAGAGAUGACGCCGACGCUCGAACCCGAUCCUUUCGAGAUGGAAGGAUUUUCCGACAUCGACAAAUUCGGUCCACCACCUCCAUACUCUACCGCUAAUCCCCUUGGCGGAGAUGCAGGUGUCGUACAGCGAGAACGAAAUGGAUAUCCGGACGAUGGUUUUGAGUUUUGGUUGCCAGAUGAAGAUGAAGCCAUGGUAGACAUGCAGCAUCGGAAAUCGCCAGAGCCACGAAAACGAAAAUCAGUGAGUCGUGCACCUUCAGAAAUCUCUACUCCACCUCGGAAAGUAGGGAAGCAAGCUCGUAGCCCUUCCCCAUUGAAGAACAGUAGAAGCAUCCGCAAGGAGACAUCACGCACCAAGCGGACGCAUACACCGGUAAAACAAAAGGCCCGCAUAGCGGUGUGUGAUUCCGAGGAUGAUUUUGAUGGCAUGGACGAAAUGGACAUGGAGCCGAACUCGCCCACGAAACUAGCCAAGUCACCACCAAAGGACCCAACACCUGCUCCCGGGAAGAUAUCAAACCAGAAGUCAACCAGGUACGCACAUUUACCGACUCUCCCCAUUCGAUCUCCUACAAAGCCUCGUAAACUCGAAAGUUCCCAGCAACCCAAAGCCGAGUUUAUCUCUACCCCUGCAGAACCCCACUCUUUUUCAACGAAGCGACCAUCUCCCAAGAAAACACAAUCGACACCGGCAGCUGCCACAGUUCAAGCUGGAACCCCGCCGACCUCCUCGGAGCUAUCAAAGGAAACCCGAGAAUCUAUUCAAAAAGCUGUCGAACUUUUUUUGACUACCGAAGGUGCUCAACUUCCCCAAUAUCUAGCUGCUGCGAAUGCCAGCUGGGAGAAGGCCCGGGCGGCCUUUGCGAUACAUGUGGAAGAGUGUGGCAGGCCAGCGCCUUCUGAGACCGAGAAGAUGCAGAAAUCUCGCUUCAAGAAGGAAGCAGUCGAGCAACUCAUUUUCCUAAAAGAGAAGCACGAAGACCUAAGUACCAAGAGACGUGAGAUCAAGAAAAAGAUUGAGGAUGACCUCAACAAUGGAGAAUUCAACACCGCUGAUGGUGAAACUUCUAACAAAAUCUUCAAAUCUCUCGAGGAUAUCCAAGCUCUAUUCUCCUUCUAUCUCGAGCAAGCAGGGCUUAAAGAUCAUCCUAAACGCAAAGUUGAAGACGAAGGCGAGGAAGACAUCAGCGCAGUCAUCAUUCAAUCAACCCAGACCACUCCGAAGUCGGAGGGGUCCACCUCCCUCGUCUGUCUCGGCUCAAGCCAUGUUCCACAGACACAGUACGCUAAGCACACCCAGAUAUCCGUCCGUGAAGUUAGGACACCUCCGCAACAUAUCAAUUCUAGGGAUCCAUAUGUGUCGAAUCCCCUUCCACCUCUCCAUCUAGAGCCAGAUACCCAGCCUAAUUCACUCUCAGACAACCAAGGAUGGUCAAAAACGCAAGACGAAUCCCAUAGGGUCCGUGAAACUCCUCAACGUCGUCGCUCCCCAACUUCGCUCCCCCAAAGAUCUAUUCUCCGCGAAGCUAGUCGGCAUGAAUCGUUUCACCCACCACAAGACUUUGGAAACGAUUUCGAAGACAAAGAUCUUUUCAGCCACAACAUGGGAUCACUACCGUGCGAUAGUGGUGAUGAUGAAAACUUUUGUGAUGACGACGAUGAGGACUUUUUUGAUCUUGAAGAUCCAGCGGACUUCCCGAAUCGUGGGCCAAGCGACUUUGACUGGAAGGGCGAAAUGGCCCCAAAUCAUGCUCGAGAUUCACCCAGAGAUAUAUUUCGCGAAACGUCGAUCAACCGACCUCCUCAACGGAAGCCAGAACGGUCCCCUCGAAAAUCACAGUCACAGUUUGUCAAUCCCGGAUUGAACUUCCCAUGGUCUCGAGAUGUAAGGCAGGCGAUGGUCCACAAAUUCAAGCUUCGAGGCUUUCGACCCGGGCAGCUUGAAGCUAUCAAUGCUACUCUCGGAGGAGAACAUUGUUUCGUGCUCAUGCCAACUGGAGGUGGCAAGUCCCUCUGUUAUCAGCUUCCAUCAGUCAUCAGUUCCGGAAAGACGCGCGGGGUGACGAUUGUGAUCUCCCCACUAUUGAGCUUAAUGGAAGAUCAGGUUGAAGCAUGCCGAAAGCGCUUCGGCAUGCAGGCUCAGCUUGUUAACGGUGAAUCCACAGUAGAAGAGCGGAAUUUCAUUACCGAUGGACUGAAGGAAUCCGAGCCAGGGAUAUUCAUGCAACUUCUCUAUUUGACACCAGAGAUGGUCAGCAAGAGUCAAAGAAUGAUCAACGCCAUUCAGAAUCUCUAUGAAAGGGGCAGACUUGCCAGAAUCGUUAUCGACGAAGCUCAUUGCGUUAGCCAGUGGGGUCACGAUUUCCGACCCGACUACAAGGCGCUUGGAGAAGUUACGCGAAAGUUUCCAGGAGUUCCAAUUAUCGCACUCACCGCCACCGCUACCCAGCUUGUUCGAAAGGACGUGAUGAUCAAUCUGGGGAUUGAAGAUUGCCGCCGGAUCUCCCAGAGCUUCAACCGUCCUAAUCUCUCUUAUGAGGUUCUAGAGAAACGUCAAGGAGUGAUCAACAGCAUCGCUGACCUGAUCAAGGGACAGCAUCGUGGCGAGUGCGGUAUUGUCUACUGUCUUGCACGGAAAACAUGCGAAGGAGUUGCGCAGAAACUGGUAAAUCUUGGCAUCAAAGCACACUAUUAUCAUGCAGGCAUGGAGCCUGCAGAGAGAUCGAAGAUUCAGAGAGAAUGGCAACAUGGUGUCUAUCAUGUCAUCGUUGCCACCAUUGCUUUCGGUAUGGGUAUUGACAAGGCUGACGUUCGAUUCGUCAUUCACCAUAGCAUACCUAAAAGUCUCGAGGGCUAUUACCAGGAAACAGGACGCGCCGGACGUGAUGGAGAGUGCUCUAAGUGUUACCUCUAUUAUGGCUAUGCGGAUACCAACAUCUUGAAUAAGAUGAUUGAAGAAGGAGACGGGAACGCACAGCAAAAGCAAAGACAACGCGAUAUGCUGAAGCAUAUGGUUCAAUAUUGCGAGAACAGGAGCGAUUGCCGGAGAGUACAGGUUUUGAGCUACUUCAGUGAACGAUUCGACGCGGCGGAUUGCAAUAUGACCUGCGAUAAUUGCAAAUCUGAUUCAACCUUUGAAACCAAGGAUCUUACUAAAUACGCUAUUUCAGCCUUAGAGCUUGUCGAACAAGUCCAAGACAACAAAGUCACACUCCAUCAGUGCUCAGAGGCCUUCCGUGGAACAAGCAGUUCGAAACUAAAAUCUCUAAAUCUUAGGCAAUUCGGGGCUGGUAAAGCUAUGGACCGGGGUGACGUCGAUCGUCUGUUCAAUCGCUUGCUCGACGAUAAUGCCUUAGCUAUAAAGAGCGUUAAGAACAAAGCUAAUUUCGUCACCAAUUAUCUUCAUCUCGGUAACAGGAGCGGUGACUACACAACUGGCCGAAAGCAACUGAGCUUGCAAGUUCGUGUAACUUCCCGAAAACAUGCAGUUCCUAGGCCGGCCACGAAGAAGAAGCAAGUUGCUGCCUCUCGUUCAGAGUAUCCCUCAACCAAUAUUCCAUCUCCAGUUCAGCGACUAUCGAAACGACGCAUCCAACAAUAUACUUAUGAUCUAGAAGAUUAUGAUUGCGAGAAAGAGGACGAACAGUCUAGGCACGGACGUAGCAAUAGGCCCAACGGUUUUGCAGUUUCCAACGACGAAGAUGACGAGGACGCUUACGAUCCACUUCCUCCAAAGAGGUCUAAGGCAUUGCAUACAGUUCAGUCACUCGGUGCUCCCAUUACUGUAGAUGAGAGGGUAUCUGGGUUAGACGAUCUCCAAAGGGACAUAAUGGAAGAUUUCGUGAGGGGAGCGAGGAACACGGCUGAGAAAAUACUGAUGAGCAAGGACCUUCGCAAAAAACCAUUCUCGGACACCAUUUUCCGAGAGAUGGCCCUCAGGCUUCCAACAACCUCAACUCAACUUCUCAAAAUCCCCGGUAUAGAUCCAGAGCAGGUGCGACUUUACGGCAAAAAGUUCCUCACACUUGUCCAGAACACGAAGGAGAUAUAUGGGCAGAGGCAAGCGAGGCGCCGCGUAGCGCAGGACGAGGGUGUCGAUAAACAACGACCGCUAGACCCGAAUCACCGAGUUGUGGUUGACCUGUGUAGUAGCGAAGCAGAGGAAGAAAAGGGAGCGGAAGAAACUGACUACGAUGACUCCGCUCUUGAAGACUUUGAUGAUGACGAGGCUGUCCACACGAGUCAUCACUUUGCUACACCUCUAGACCCAAGAGUUGAGGCGUACAACAAACGAGGGUCGCAAUUAGAAGCCGCGAGGUCAGCAACGCCAGCAUCAAAUGGAGUGAAUACAUCGAAAUUGUCUUAUAGGGGCGGCUCCAAAGCACGAGGCUCGUUUAAGGGCGGGAAUGGUUAUCGACGAAAGUCAGGUAGCUUCGGUAGUAGAUACUCUGGGGUAUCUAAGAAAGGGGCUGCAAGGACUGGGAGUAGGAGAGGGUCAGGAGGAUUUAGCAGCUCGAGGAGGCCUUCUGGCGAAAGUGGUCGAGGAGGAGCCGGAGGUGAUGGUGGAGGCGGAAGAGGUUUGGGGAAUAUCCUGGCGAUGCCAACAUAGGCAAGAGGGUUUUUCUUCGCUUUGGGAAAGGUCCGAUCACCUCACUUACGACUAGUGCAGUUCUAAACAAAUCUCUAUGAUCUUUGGUGUACCUAGAAGAGACACGAAGGUUGCUAUCGGCAGUUGAC